UGCAUAUUCUGAGAACUAAAAGAAUCAACAAAGAGCAGCUGCUGCCUGCUGCCCUGCUGCUGCGGCAACGUGACGACAAAAAUAGAAAACCCAACUAAAUAAAAGAAGAAUAAUAAAUAAACAAUGGUUAAGAAAAUAAAAGCUGUUUUAAUAGAUUUAAGCGGUACACUUCAUAUUGAAAAUACGGUGAUUUUAGGUGCUGUUGAAGCGUUGAAAAGGCUUCGUCAGACAAAUGCGAUCAUAAAAUUUGUUACAAACACAACAAAAGAAUCGAAGAGCUAUCUGCAUAAUCGAUUGACCCAGCUUGGAUUUCAUAUAAACCAAGACGAAAUAUUCAGUUCACUCGCUGCCGCGAGAGAAUUGAUACUUAAUCGAAACCUGAAUCCUCUACUUCUUAUUGACACUGCGGCCAUGGAAGAUUUUGAAGAUUUGAAAAAAAGUGACAGUGAUUUGAAUGCAGUGGUCGUUGGAUUAGCACCGGAAAAAUUUCAUUACGAAGAACUGAACCAAGCUUUCAGAUUACUCAUAAACGGAGCUUCGCUUGUUGCGAUUCAUGAAGGAAGAUAUUACAAACGGUCGGAUGGAUUGGCCCUUGGGCCUGGUGCAUUUAUAAAGGGGCUCGAAUAUUCAGCUGGUGUAAAAGCGUUAGUUGUUGGCAAACCAAAAGAAGAAUUUUUUCUAGCUGCUCUCAAAAAUAUCAAUCCUCAAGAAGCAAUUAUGAUAGGUGAUGAUGUACGAGAUGAUGUUGCUGGAUCCCAAGCAGCUGGUUUGAGGGGAAUUCUGGUAAAAACAGGAAAAUAUCGUGAAGGAGAUGAAAAUACUAUUUCACCCAGACCAUAUAAGACGUGUGAAUCAUUUGUUGAAGCGAUCGAUUCUAUAAUCGAGGAAAUCCACUGAAUAAAAAGAGCAAAUUGGAUGAAAUUUCAAUGGAUCAUAACAUUCAUAGGAUCUACGUAUUAAAUAUACGUUUUAUUCAAAUUCUA